AUGGAAAGCCGGCUAUGGCCAUAUUACCCUCGACUUCUCGCGAGAGACGAGAAAGCCAGGGAAAAUGGCCAGAAAGAGAGGAAAAAGGCGAGAAAGGUGAGAAAGCGAGGAAAAAGGCGAGAAAGUGAGGGAAAAGGCGGGAAAGUUGAGAAGGCGAGGAAAAAGGCGAGGAAAAAGGCGAGAAAGAGAGGAAAAAGGCGAGAAAGUGAGGAAAAAGGCGAGAAAGCGAGGAAAAAGGCGGGAAAGGUGAGAAGGCGAGAAAGUGAGGAAAAUGGCCAGAAAGAGAGGAAAAAGGCGAGAAAGGUGAGAAAGCGAGGAAAAAGGCGAGGAAAAAGGCGAGAAAGCGAGGAAAAAGGCGGGAAAGGUGAGAAGGCGAGAAAGCGAGGAAAAAGGCGAGAAAGUGAAGAAAAAUGCGAGAAAGCGAGGAAAAAGGCGAGAAAGCGGGAAAAAAGGCGAGAAAGCGAGGAAAAAAGGCGGAAAAACGAGAAAAAAAGCGAGAAAUGGAGAAAGCGAGGAAAAAGGCGAGAAGGGUUGUGGGCUGCUCAUCAUCAUCUACUUCUACGUAUAUGGACUUCCGUGGUGGUAAUUGAGGAGCAGUGGGCGUGGGAGCUUGGAUUUUUUGACGUUGCUUGGCGACGGGCUUGA